UGUCACGUGAUAAAAACAUGUACACGUGACAAAAACGACGAAGUCGCGACCGUAAUUUCCUAAAUCUGUCUAAUAUUUCUGGAAUAUAAGAAAAUGUCUCUGUUUUUUAAGUAACAUUUUUUGGAUUGACUACAAAUGAUUCAAGGAUUCGCCUUCUCCAAAAUAUACAUUUGGCUUGACCAUGUGCUCUGUGUAGUCGUAAUGACAUGCACAAUUAAAAGCGCAAGCACAAGCAGCCAACUUCUUCACGGUUCUGCAAUCGGGUCUAGCCCUGUGCUGUCGGGGAGCUGUCUCGCAACUUCUGGUGUCGCGGCAGCGGAAACAUCUUGCUCUAGUUCUUGUUCAUGUUGUUCUUCCCUUGGCCCUUGGUAUGAUUUUGAUCGAAAGCGGAACAUGGCAGAAGACAACAUGAAAUGUGCCCCGCUGCCUUCAAACUCAAAUGAAAAUGCAAUAGUUUUGUAUAGUCCUCCAAUUUUUGAACAGUUUCACCAAUCUGAAAGGACAUUUCAUCUGGCCAGCAGGGAUUUUUCAAUCAAGCAGAACUGGGCGGAUUUUGGAGUUGCUGCUGUUGUCUGGGAUGCUGCAAUAGUUCUGUGUGAACACUUGGAGAGUGAGACGAAAACAAAGCAAUUAUCUCUGGAAGGGAAGCGAGUCAUAGAGCUUGGUGCAGGUACAGGCCUGGUAGGCAUGGUAGCUUCACAUUUAAAAGGUCACCUUACCAUUACAGACCGGGCAUCCAUUUUCAAACCUCUCAGGGAUAACGUUUUGCAAAACUUCCCACCAUCGUCAUCUUCAGUGCCUUCACCAUCUUCAUCAUUUAAUCCGGCUGCAUCCUCUAGUUCAAACCCCAAUGCUCCAUCUGAAGUAAAUUCAACUUUUAAACCACCAUCGCCUGUUCCUGUAGUGAAGGUUUUGGAAUGGGGUCAGGAUCUGCAUAAGUUUUCUGAGCCAUUUGACAUCAUUCUUGGAGCUGAUAUCAUCUACAUCGAAGACACGUUUCAGGAUUUGCUUCAGACUCUCUUACAUCUUUCAAAUGAGAACACUUUGAUUCUUCUUUCCUGUCGUAUCAGAUACGAGAGGGAUAAUAACUUCCUAGAUAUGAUGAAGGAGAAGUUUCAGGUGGAACAUGUCUUGCAUGAUAGUGAAAGGGGAAUUGAAAUUUACUCAGCUAAGAAACUUUGAAGCCGACUCUUGACCUACAAUCAAAGUAUGUACAACACAUAUGCAGAGGCUCUCAAGAAAUCAACUUUAUUUGAAUUUUAUCUUAUCAGCUUUUAAAAUGUGUACAAUGACUUUUUAAAUACUUUUAAUACAAUACAUACAUCCAAAAUUUUUCAAUAGAACAAAAAAAGCUUGGGUGCUCCAUACAGUACAUUACUUAUGAAAACAAUUAUUGAUGACAAUUUCAGUCUCUAUCACAUGUUGGUAGCCAUCUUCUGCUCAACAUAUCCUCCUAUAGAGUAGUUUCUGCUAUACCACGUUCCCUACCCCCCCCCCCCCUCUUACAAAACAGACACGUUACUAUUCACAUUUGCUUCAUGAAACUGAACAUUGAAAGAAUUUGCAGGCAAUGUUUUGUUAUGAUCAAAUACUUGAAGUCUGAAAUUUGUUGACUGAAUAUUACAAAGGAGUUAUGAAUUGCAUAUUGCAUCUUAUCUGACUACAGUGAAAUUCUCAAAUUGCUUAAGUUUUAACUGCUAGUCUGUUAAUUCCUUUUUUCAACUUCUUCCGUACUAAUGAUGACCAGAUUUCAACGGCCAGACACCACAGUACGACCAACAGUGAUUAGCGACCAGCAGUUUACAAUUGUUUGCAAUCCUGGGGAUUUUCACAAUUUACAGGGAGUAAUACUAUACCUUGACUGCUUUUUUCUCAAUAUACUGCAACUACUGAAUAUAAUUUCUACCCUGCCUUUGUGGAAGGACAUUACCAAACCUAUUCUUGCCGCAACAGGAUGUAAAAUCAAAUGUUGAGAUUUGUUAUUUCUAUGUCAUUUAAUUUGGAACUUCAACUAAAAUCAAAACAAUGCAUUAAAUAUGUACACCUGUAUAUGCCUUAGGUCUUAAAAA